CUGUACCACAGUAGACUUUGCGAUAAGUUAACAUAUGAGCAAGCCAUCACUGAAAAUCUUUUUGAACCUAUUGACCGCGGAGCUCCUUCAACGCUUUGGCACUACUCAGGGAGCGAGCAAUCAUCGAAGGAGAGCUCUGUACACGGCCUAGUUCCUGGUAUAGCUUAUAAUUUGUAUGAAACCCCCGAAAGAGUGCGCGCAGGCUCUGAUGAAACUUUUUCAAGUAAAGAAAGGUAUUUUCGCGGAGAUGAGUUGACUCCGGGAAGAACGACACUAUUGAUGACACCUGCAAGGGAAGAACAAGUGUUUGAAGCGGGUCAGGGCGACGUAUAUCGUAGAGAUUACCGUUCCCUGCCUGCUGAUCUUUCGGUGCUUGCGAACACUGCGGACACUCUCCAGCUCGCAGCAGAUGCAUCUCUGCCGGAGUUGGAACGCUUUAGAGAGUCUCGUAAUUCUUAUUUAGAACAAGCACGUCGUAUGACCAGAGGAACUGAUGAAAUGGAAGAUCGUCCCUCAUCUGUUCAUCUUUACGAACCCAUUCGAAAAGGCAAUUUUUCGCAGCUGUCCGAUGUGUCUGGCAGGUAG